AUGUCGGAUUUGGCUGCUUUCUUAAGGCAAAACGGGCAAAAAUUAUUUAAAACAGCAACGAUAAGUAUGCAGAACAAAUAUAUGGAAGAACAGUGUAUAAUUGUUGAUGAGCAGGAUAAACCACUGCGCCCCGGUACCAAACGAUUUUGUCAUUCCAGUGAAACAUGUAAGCAAAACGGGCAAAAAUUGUUUAAAACAGCAACGAUAAGUAUGCAGAACAAAUAUAUGGAUGAACAGUGUAUAAUUGUUAAUGAACAGGAUAAACCACUGCGUCCCGGUACCAAACGAUUUUGUCAUUCCAGUGAAACAUGUAAAAUGUAUUUUUUUCUUUUUUUUUCAGUGACUCUGCAUCGUGCCUUCAGCGUUUUUCUGUUCACCAGCAGCCAGAAUAUGAUUUUGCAAAAGCGAUCCGCCCAAAAGAUAACUUUUCCAUCGAUGUGGACAAAUGCAUGCUGUAGUCAUCCGCUGUGGAACAGUUAUGAAAUGAGUGUUGAGGAGGGCGAUAUCGGAGUUCGGCGUGCUGCCAAGAGAAAACUGAACCAUGAAUUGGGCAUCGAAACGGUCGAUAUCGAAAAAAUGGAGGUGAUGGGCCGAUUUUUAUAUAAGUCUAUAAUGCAUAACAAUAAGUGGGGUGAACAUGAAAUUGAUCAUGCUCUUGUGAUUCGUGAUUUUGACGUUGAGCAACUGAGGCGAAAUCCGGAAGAAGUGGACGAAAUUGCGAUUGUUUCGCCAAAAAAAUUGGACGAGAUGAUGAAAAGUAUGUUUUUUUUUUCUUUUUCUUUAAUUAUAAAAUUAUUUUUGCGAAUGGAGUCACUUUUCAAAAAUGGCUGUGAGCCAACGGGGAUUCGAACCACUUCCCUUCACAUCCGGACGUGA